UUAUGCUAGAGAAAUAAACCAUGAACUUGACUAAAAUAAGAGUAAGGUGCUACAAAGCACUUAACUAGUCCUCAAACUUCAAGGUAGGGGUACGUUAGUGGUCGAACCUCAGCAAGCUCCUUUCGGAUGAUUUUUCCCCUCGCGUUGGGUCUUUGUUGUAAUUGUACUAUCACGUAUUGGAUUAUGUAUACCCUCGUGUUUAUGUUUGUGACCAUAUACCAAGCAUGUCUUGGUCUAAUGGCAGGACUUGAACUUAAUCAUCUCAUUUACCCUCUUGAAGCAAGGACUGCUCCAAGUGGGUGCAGCCUUCUACCACACAACCAUUAUUGGAUAUCUAGCAAGCGGAUUGUAACGCAGGACGGUGUCAUUUCUGGUGCAGUUGAGAUAAAAGAUGGCAAAGUCUUUAGCCUUGUUAAAGAAGAAGAUUGGCAUGGAUAUAUCAGGAACGGUCACAUAGUUGAUUUUGGGGAGGCCGUUGUCAUGCCAGGCCUAAUUGAUGUCCACGCGCAUUUGGAUGACCCUGGAAGAGAUGACUGGGAAGGAUUCCCUUCUGGUACUAGAGCUGCGGCUGCUGGUGGAAUAACUACCCUGAUAGACAUGCCUUUGAAUAGCGAACCUUCAACAGUUUCUGUGGAAACUCUUAAGCUCAAGAUGAACGCCGCUAAGAACAGAAUAUUUGUUGAUGUUGGUUUCUGGGGUGGUCUAGUGCCUGACAAUGCCCUCAAUGCAACUGCUCUAGAAGGUUUCCUUAGAGCUGGUGUCCUUGGUUUGAAGUCUUUCAUGUGUCCAUCAGGAAUCAAUGACUUUCCCAUGACAAACAUUACUCAUAUCAAGGAAGGACUGUCUGUAUUGGCUAAAUUCAAAAGACCAUUGCUUGUACAUGCAGAAGUUCAAGAAGAUGUUGUAGGCGAGUCAGUAGAGGAUGAUAAGAAUGAUGCUCGAUUAUAUUCAACUUACCUUAAGACAAGACCCCCGUCAAUGGAAGAGACGGCUAUUAGAAAUCUGUUGACAGUCAGCGAAAACACAAGAGCUGGCGGUCCUUCAGAAGGAGCUCAUCUUCAUAUUGUCCAUCUUUCUGAUGCUCAGUCUUCUUUAGACCUUCUUAAGAAAGCAAAGGGAAGAGGUGACAGUAUAAGCAUAGAAACAUGCCCACAUUACUUGUCAUUUUCUGCAGAUGAGAUUCCUGAUGGAGAUACACGGUUCAAGUGUGCUCCUCCUAUCCGAGAUGCUGAUAACAAAGAAAAAUUGUGGGAAGCUUUGACGGGUGGAGAUAUUGAUAUGCUGAGUUCUGACCAUUCACCAUCACUCCCAGACCUUAAACUUCUACAGGAGGGUGAUUUCUUGAAGGCGUGGGGUGGAAUAUCAUCUUUGCAGUAUGUACUUCCCGCAACAUGGACUUCUGGCCGUAAAUAUGGAGUUACUUUAGAACAAAUCGCUUCAUGGUGGAGCGAGAAACCAGCCAAACUUGCAGGCCAACAUCUCAAGGGGUCUAUUGCAGUGGGAAAUUAUGCUGAUAUAGUUGCAUGGGAUCCGGAAUCAGAGUUUGAUCUCGACGAAAAUCAUUCUUCAUACAUCAAACAUCCUAGCAUUUCGGCUUACAUGGGAAGAAAACUUUCUGGUAAAGUUCUGGCAACAUUUGUGAGAGGAAAUCUAGUGUACAAGGAAGGAGAACACGCUCCUGCAGCCUGUGGAAGCCGUCUGUUAGCACAAUAGCCGCAGCUGGAUUGAUUAUUGGUUGGCCGGGCUCACGUAAUGUAGAUGAUUGCUUAUAGUACAGUUGAAGAUGACUGGAAAUCAGCAAGCCAAAAUGUACAUAGUAUUUAUGUGUACAACAUCUUCGCCGGGGAAAUCUAUUCUUGGAGAUUUGAUGUAGUUCUCUUGGAUUGAAAGUGUUUCCAAAAGUUUUGGUUGCACAAUUGGGAUAUUGUACAAAAUUGAACUGCAAUAACCAACCUUCUUUCUUUUUGUA